AUGGUGGAAGUUAUGUUUAUAGCUAGAAGUGGCAAUACAGCUCGCUGUUCGCGAGAUCUAACCCUGGCUAAGAUGCUUGUAAGACCAGGAAGAUGCUUUCCGAAUGAUCCCGAAAGCGAAAACAUGGUCACAGAGCACAAUUACGGGUCGAUUAACCGCGCAUUCGUCGUGUGUAAAGAGGAUAAAGCCAUCGAAGAGGAGUUCCAGCGGUGGAUGAUCGAGCAAAGCCCAGGGAUAGAGGUGAAGGAGAUUGAAGGUGCAGAUCAUAUGGUUAUGCUCUCAAAGCCUCAGGAACUCUGCCUGGAAAUUGGUGAGAAAUACCAAUGA